UUGAGACUCGUAUGACAAUUUGAUGUGCAUGUCUGAGAGCUGGCAAUCACACGACGACGGGAUUGGGAUUCGCUUCAAUGAAGCCCAAUGGCAUCCCACGCCAACACCACGAGCCGUCCUUCACGCACACAUCUCAGCCUUUCGAUGCAACAUCCCAGCGGACUGGGAGAGGGGAAGCCUUGGACCCCGCAGUACAGUAGUUGCACCCGGAACCAAGCCGUCGGUACCUCACGAGAGGAACAUGCACGGCUUUGCUGUCCCAUCAUCCAAUUACCAGCCAGGGAUCGACGCUGUCAAAGGGCACACGUUCGUUCUCGCCGACCUUUCUCGCCGUGGCGGGUGUUUUUUCGUUGUAUUACCUGAAACCAGGCAUUGCAAGGGUGAAGCUCUGUUUCUUUUGCUCUGCGCUGGUCCCGCGCGCCUGGCUCUGGUGGAUGGGUGGGGUCGCCAAUGUACUGCAGUAUGCACCUCGUAUGGUUGUGACCCGGCUCUUCGGGUCUGCACGGAGUGAUGCCAGCUUCGUUCGUCGCA